AUGCAGAGGUGCAGCUUAUCAGUUAUGAUGGACAACGUUUAUUCACUAUCAUCUCGCUCCAUGUUAAACAUAGGACCAUUAACUACUACACGACCACAUUAUUUCUAUGAUCCAAAAUAUACAUUUUUGGAAUCAAAAUCAUCUAUUUAUAAUAGUACAGGAAUAAGUACAUCCACCAAUCGUGAACGAACGUCAUCGACAACUCGAACAUCUACCACUCCUUUAUCACGACCUUCUUCUUCUUUCAAAACACCUUUAUCCAGUACUCGUUCAUCAUUAGACAUCAUGACUAUUCCGUCAACAUCAUCCUCGUUCAAUCGUUGUGAUGAUUGUUCAAAAAAUGACGGACUAUUUCAAUGUUGUCAUUGUAACCAAAGACUAUGUAUUCGAUGUUGUAAUAAACAUUAUAAAUCGAUGACAAUUGAAUUAGAUCGCUUACAGGAUAUGUCCGAACGUUUAAUACAAAAAAUAUAUCACACAAAAAACGAUUUAGAACGACAAAAAAAUGAGACAAUUGAACAAUGUCAUAAAUGGAAAUGUGAUACUAUUAAUACGGUAAAUAAAGCACACACAUUGAUUAUUCAAACUAUCCAUAAUGAAUAUGAAUUAUUGGGGAAAGAAUACGAGACAUACAUUCAAAAUGAGAUGAAAUUAAUAAAAAUGAACAAAUAUGAAUUGAAUCGAAUGAGAAAAGGUGAUCUAAGUUUAAUAUCGAAUGAUAAUAACGAUAACAAUGAUGAUAAUGAAAUAAAUUCAAAUUCAAUCGAAAUAAUUCGAAAUCGAAUUGAAACAUUAGCGAAACAUAUUGAUGAAACUGGAAAACUUCAUUUUGAAGUGAAAUUACCAGUGUUUGAUAUUGAUGAUACACUAAGAGUUGAAUCAUCCUUUGGUGAUAGUACACGAACAACAAGUGCAACAUGGAAUAACGGUGGUGAAGACGAUACAAUAAGAAAUCAACAAAUAACAUCAUUUCCUGAACAAACCACAGCGGAUGUAACAAACAACGAAACUGAUACAACAUCACAAGUUCCAUCAACAAGAUAUGCUUUAUCAGUUGAAAAUGAUAUUGAACUUCAACAACAACAAUAUUAUAAACCAACAUCACAAUCGUCUCCUCGUGCUGAACGUUACGAUUCUGCUUAUGUUACUGAGCCACCGUCACCCAUUUCACCUACAAAUGAUAAACUAUCGUACUCUUCUUCAUUCUUAAAUGAUACAAACAAUAAUUUACAAGAGACAUCUGAUUUUGAUUUAACAGUAAAAAUGUCUAAUCCUUUAAAACAAUCGAAUACGAUAAAUGAUAAUAUUUUUCAUAAUCGUCGGCAUACAUACACAUACAAUAAUACAUCGACUAACUAUCAACAGGAACAGCAACAAUCAAAUAAUAAUGAUAAUGAUGAUACAUAUCAUUGUAUUCAACAUGUUCAAUUGAAACAUGAUAAUUCGGGUAUUGUCGAAGGUGUAGCCCUUCAAGCCGAACAAAGUACAUCAACAACAAAUGAUGGAAAUAUUGAACGAAAACGAACGAUGCUUCAAGCAUCUGGCUUUCGUAGACGAACAACAAUGUUUCCAUCAACGUCAUCAAAUUUCUCACCAUACACAACAUCAUCAUCACAACCACCAUCUUGGUUGUAUUAUCGUACAACAUCUACACCAUCAUUUAUUCAUUGA